CUAGUGCUGCAUCAUCAUCCAUGUAUUGAAAUCGAGUGAUAUAGCAGGCGAAAUGGCUUAGUUGUGAUAAUCACAGAUAUAAAGAUGGUCUCAUAGUUAGAAAAGUAUCACGAUGACAUCGCAAGACGAUUGUGUUUGAGAAAUGAACUAUGGCACUGUAAAUUAUGUUUUCCUUAUUUUGGAGACUUACUUACAAAUUAACUGAUGACGCAUGGCGGAAUGUAGCACGUUCUUCCUUAGCGGUACUGCUUGUUAUGAGUUGACGUGAGCGCCGAUUUGGCAUUGGAGGAGGAGACUCAUCAUUUCGCGAGAUCCUCUUGGUUUCUGUGGAGCCAGUUAGCGUGCAAGGGUUUACUCUACUCUAACCUUCCGGACAAGCAGCAAAAAGGUCGGUGGUGCAUGUUUGUGCCGUCCAAGGUGGUGGGAUUUGCUCCGGGUAUCGUGUUCGGCAUAUUUGGAAAUAGUUGGUACAACGUCUGCUGAAUGUUUCCACCUCCGGAUCUCUGGUGAUAUUGGCACACGCAGACUCACCUUAUACGACAUUCCAAGGUUAGCACCAAGUCAAGCGAAUACUUUGGACACAAGAACGACAACAUUUUGUUGAAGAUGUUGCUUUACUCUGUGGGAGCUUUUGACCAUGUGGAAGAGAUCUUGAAGGAUCCACGUGCAGGUUUGUACGAUGACGAAGAACCAAGCGAGGACUUGGACCGGCACGGGGCAAGGAAAAGCCCGAAGAGAUCCAGGAAGCGUGGUCGAUCACCCGACGAAGAGGAGAAGAAAAGAAUAGAUUAUGCUUGAUGAAAUAAAAAAUUUUGAUUUUGUACUGUUGCUGAACUUUUUUUCUAGGUCAUCCUAACUUCUUAAAAAAGUAGACAUACUUGUAUGUCAAUGAGAUUAUACUUCUCAUGAUGAAUCUUCGAGCAACACACUAAACGUAAACUGUUUAAUGAAAAGUAGACUUUUUGUAUUCGGGCGUCCGUAUCUAAUACGAACAGAAAAGGCAGGCGGACGCGGAGGAGCGGGAAAAACAACGGAAAGAGCGCAAGGCCAAGGAGGAGGCCGAAGAAAAGCGUACUUUUAUUUCUGCAUGUUGUUCGGAGCACAGCUCCAUAUCGUUUUUUUGGGAGAAGGCACAAGGACAAGCACAUUUUUCUUGCUUCAACAUUGUCUGUGCCAUUCUGCGUCUCUCUGACUCUCCUCUAGCAUCAGUCUGUAAAAAGCGCACAACAUGAAUAUCGUAGUAUUGGUAUCCUUCUAGUUCCAAAAAAUACAUUUUUUCUCAGAGCGGCAACUAGAGGAGGCAACACGCGGAGAACGAACUGUAAUGGUCACAAAUGUGAACGUCAAGGCUACAGAGAAAGAAGUCUACCAGUUCUUCAAGGUUGCUGGAGGCAUACGCGACAUUCAGGUGGGCGAAUGCUGCUAGAUUUGCCAACUUUCACUGUUGAUUCUCGAAAGAAGAGUUCUAUAGCGUUUGUCUCACGACGUGGAGAUUCUGAACUCUCGGUGAGGGUUAUCUGUCACUCAUCCUAAAUACCACCUGUUCGUUGGAUUCUUGUUCGCGGUAUCCGCAUUUCGAUUAUUAAAAAUGAACUUCAGGUUAUCCGGGAUGCAAGAUCAGGUCGAUCUAAGGGGGUCGCUUAUGUUGAAUAUUAUCAGCAGGAGAAUGUGGCGGGCGCAUGCCAGCUCUCUGGUCAGAUGCUGAUGCUGCAGCCUGUAAGGGUACUCCCAUACUUACACUCUAAUCGCUUAUUUAAUAACAAAGCGUUCCGUUAUUCCGGAUAGGGAGACGGAUCCAAGCCAGCGGCCAUGGCCUCGACGUACCCUAGAAGAGCGGCGCAGGCUCCCUUUCGGUUAUCCACAUGAGAAGGGGAAGGGUGGCCAGGGGCCAACUUGAUGGGGGAAGACGGGGCGCGGUUUACGUUAAAGGGGAAGCCCCGCCGACGCACCAUGAGGCUCAAAAAUGCAAAAAAUGCGCGCCAGGGCGGGCCCGUCUGUAGGGGUACAUGAUGGGAGUGAGGCGGCCGGGACUACCUGGCGCGCACCCUUGUCAAGAAUUCGCACGCCCUCAGUUUGCGGCCGAAGUCUGUAAAAAUACAGCGGAGGAGAAGGGCCGCUGGGGUGCUGAAAAUGGUCCAGGAAGGUACCGGAGAGAGCAGGCCCGCAAUGCGAUCAGGGCAUGGCGCCGCUGUGGGUUCGCCACUGUGGGCAGAGCUUUUUGACAAAUGGAGUCACACUCACACGCCGCGCGCCUUAUCACUGAGGCGAGCGCGCGGCAGGCCCGCGGUAUGUGGUGCAAGAGGAGGCCCGGGGGGUGUGUUUUCUGCAAUGAAUGAACUGGCGUCCAAUGGUAGGACUUCGGGCCAAGUGUACCCGGGGCACUCCUUAAAAGAGGAGCCAGCUGCGCUGCUUCACUUAUUGGCAGCGCACCACCUGCCUCGACUGCGCACCUGAGUGCGCUUGGUCUUGGUGUCCACCUCUGACACCCGCGGGCGUCGCUUGGGUGUCGUCCCCUUGUAGGUAGCCGCCGGCUCUGGUGUGGAAGGUUGACGAGCAUGAGACCAGGGCGCCGCAGGCGCUUGGUAGGGCUGCGCGCAAAAGGACGCCGGAACUGGCGGAGCAGCGCACGGGGCUGACGCUUGGACGCAAGGAUGGCGCAACAAAGUGGCCGCCUCUGUCAGCGUUCACCAGCCACAGGGGGCGGCGGGUUGGUGUAUUGGCUGGCUAGCUCAGUCGAGAAGGAACCAGAAGCGCAGCACGCCAAGAGCUUGCGGCGCAUGGAAGCGGGGGACUUUGGUGGCGUCUUGACUGAUGCCCACCGACCCAGGCGGCGCCGGUCGUGAUAGAUUUGGGGCGGGGACGCUUGCGCUUCGUGUAGUGUGGUCGCGUCUUGGGUGUGUGGUCUCGGUGUGCACAAAAGCCUGGGGGCAAUUGGCUCAGCAUGGUCAAGCUGAUGGGCGAAGGACUUCGGAGAGACAGAGAUGGCUGCGGCAUUCUUCUUACUUGGCUGAGACCACGGCCAGCGCAACCGGUCACCCGCGCCACCAAUUCACCUGGGGCAGGAAGGUGCGCGACUGAAAUGCCCCGCGAGCUAUGUGAAGGGGGACACCGUUGCAGCAUGCACGCGCAUGCCACGCGGCUGCAGCCUUCGGCCUAGCAGUGUGGGCGUAGUGCAUAGCAGCUUAGGGACUUCGGGGCAACUCGCUCACCUUGGGGCCGGGCCGCCAGCCUGCGGGCCGGUUUCGGUGCAGUCAAUCACUUUGCAUGAACAAGGCCACCCAGGGCCUAGGCUGGCGGCGACCGGGCUCAGACAGCGGGGCGGAGGCUUUCCAGCCGGUGGGCGUUGGGGUGCGUAGCCUCUACGAAGAAGUCGGCGACUUGCAGCAAGUGCCUCAGUUCUUGCCCCAGUCAAUUGGAGCCGCGUCGGCAGUUUCUUUGCCCGUGGCUGAUUGUGUGACCAGCGACAGAAUACGUAGGGGGCCUCCGUGCAGCUGUGCGGCUAUCGGGCCAGGCGAUCAGCUUCGCCGCAGCAAAGACGAAACAGAAAGACUGCCGCCACGUGGAAGAGGAGACCGGCAAAGGCGAGCUUGUGCUCGGUCGUGCUUGUGUUUCUUUUUGGAAACAAAGUAAAGAGCCCAAGGACGCCGCGGGGCCCCGGGGGUGGUGCUGUGGCGUUGAUGGAGAUGGUGGCGCUUGGGUAUAGAUACAACUGGUAGGAGGUUGGCGCUUUUUCUGACGGCUCGCGAGGUCUGUCCACAGUUGGGGGGUGGGGUGGCGUCGUUGGUUCUGUUAGGGUAGGGGGCAUCGCGUUUGCAUUAAAAAAGGCCGCGCUGGCUUUGGCAUUGGCGUUGCCCUCUCGCGUCUAUCUUCAGAAGUAGAGUCCUGUCCACUUAGAGCCAUUCAUAGUUUAGUAGUUCAUGUUCAUCUGCGCAGUAUCAUUCAAGUGAAGGUUUGCUUAGGGAGCUUUCAGAAUUAUAAUAGGAAACUUGGUAAAAGUACGAAAUCAACAGGCUUCGCAUUUUUACAUCCCAAACAACGGGACGCAUCGCUUACCUAUCCUCACCAGGUGCAGCUGUCGCAGGCGGAAAAGAAUCGUGCGUCCAUAGUGGCACGCGCGGCACUUCUAGCAACGACGAAGGACCCUGGACUGAAGCUAUACGUUUCGGGGUUGGAGGGUCCCCUUGCCAGUAUCACGGAUGAGGAUUUGCGGAAGUUGUUUUCGCCAUUCGCGAUCCAAGGACAGAUCGAAUUCAUAGACCUGCAUAAAGAUCCGUACACGAACAAGUGCAAGGGCUUCGCUUACAUCAAAUUUGAGAAGUCUGGGGAGGGCAGGGAAGCCAUCGCGGUCAUGAAUGGCUUCAAACACUCUAUGCUAGGAGAUCAGGAAAUCUCAGUAGGAGUCGCACAGGACCAGGGUGGACCUCUCAUGCUCACAGCAGGCGACGAUGCAUCGGCGCAGCAGCAGGUACGGAUUCUUAAUGUAGUUAACUCUUCGCGUAUACGCUGAGGCUGUUCCUAUUCUUAUAUUUUCUCAGUCGUCAUGUUUGUUUAUCCAAAAUUCGCCUCCUGCUCAUAAUUAUCAUCAUAUAACACUCGUAAAACCCUUACUCUGUUUUUUAUGAUAAUAUUGAACCUCGACCUUUAUCAGGGUGAAGCCAAUGGUGCUGCAGUUCCAAGUUCUUCGCCUGCAGUAGUAGAAGAGGCGCCUCCAAAGCGAGAGGAACCUGAGGAGUUGCCAGGUCUGAUACCCGAUGCGCAUGACAGGCUUAAAGCAUUGAUGAAGAAAAGCGAGAAAGAGGGCGGCAGUUCGUCUUCAGCUUAUGACUUGAUGUAUUCUACGAAUUGACUUGGGUCUAGUUCACUCAUCAUUGAUCAAUGUAUUCCUACAUACGCAUACCGGGUGAUGACUGGAAUCGAGAGAGGAUUGCUCACUUUGUUUUCCUACGAUUGAAGAUGAUGUCUUAGAUUGAUUGUGCGCCGAUUCUCCAAAUACGAGGGACAAAUGUUUUUAAUGGAGUUCAGCUCUAAUUUGGUGGCAGCCUCAUAUUCACGAGUAGCCACGAUAUAAUGCGGGAUAUCUCAGAUAUUGGUCCGUCAGUGGAGCCGACCGUUUCCAGCAACGGUGCCGUGGACCCAGCAUUGCUACCACCAGCUCCACCUGCGCCGGUUGGUCCAGUCGAAAUGCCACCUGCGACGCCGUCGCUUCCCAGUACUGCGACAGGAUCGAUACCAGGAGCCACCGGUUUAGUCAACCUAGGUGGAGCGCCAUCUGUGAGCGCGCUUGCCCAGCAAUUGCAGCAGCUUCAAGGCAGUACGACCGGCGAAUUCGACCCUCUGGCUCUCCCAAAGCCUGCCGCGAUGAACAAUCUACUGAAUCAACCAGGAGGAGUAGUGCCAGGCGGAGGCGCUCCUGCGGGCGUAGGAGCGCUCGCACCACUUGGUGCAGGUGCCGGCAUGCUCCCAGGUGGAAUGCUGAACAUGGCUGGAGCCGGGUUGCCAGGUCCUGGUGUAAUGCCUGGCGCUGGUAUGAUGCCUGGCGCUGCUGGUCUACCAGGUGGACCAAUGCUGAACAUAGGAGGUCCAGGGAUGAUGCCCGGCGCUCCUCUCGGUAUGAAUCCCAUGAUGAUGGCGAAAGGCGGCAUGGCAAAGGGUGGCAUGAUGAUGCCUCCGAACAUGAUGGGAGUGCCAAACAUGAUGAGCAACAUGCCAAAUAUGAUGGGAAUGCCACCAGGUGGAAUGAUGGGCGCAAAUCCUAUGGGCGGGCUCUUACCGGCCAACGGACAGCUAGGAACAGCUCCAGGAGGCGGCCUGAUGAACAACAACAUGAUGAGCAACCCUGCGGGAAUGCCAGGUGGUCUUCUGAAUCCAGCAGCUGCAAGUGCUAUGAUGAACAACAUGCCACCAGGUGGAGGAGCUGCACCUGGUUCCAUUCCGACGCCAGCAGGAGGACCCAGGACGGUCAUUCUGUCCAAUAUCCUGGGAGCCAAUGAGCAGUGCUCCAAGGAGUUGAAGGAGGAGCUCGAAGAUGACGUUGGCGACGAAUGCGCUAAGUCAGGGCCACUUCAGUCCAUACAGUUUCGCGACGACAAUAAACUCUACAUCUCUUUCAUGCAACCUGAGCACGCGAUGGCGUGUUUUUCCGCAAUGAACGGGCGGCUGUUCGCAGGAAAAACCCUGUCCGCGGAAAUCGUGGACUAGCCCAGGCGUAGAAGUAGGGACUGAAUUACAAAGUACUUAUGUAGAAAAAUGUUCAUGUUGCUCUCCAUCAAGUUGUCCCUCCACUUCGCAGACAGAUUUUGACAGGUUUACCCCGAGAAGACUUGUUUUUCACCUCCUCCAAAUUCGUUCCGUCAAAAGAUUGUAAUUAUCUCCUUCCUGUGCUGGGAUUCAAAUUCAAAUCCAUCUUCAUGAUGUUUGGCUCUGUUUUCUCUGUGACUGUGUACAUAUUGUC